AUGUAUCGGGCAAUGUUGAUAUUACGAGCAUCGCAAAAUUCGUUAUCCCGAAAUUUUCGCGAGCUGGCCAGCGCCUCCAGAUCGGAUUCGUAUGUUCGACAACAUCGUCCCCAAAAGCCGGUCGAGGCACCAAUCGGUAUCAUCUAUAAUCCGGAGGAAUUGAUAUUUGGACGGCCGAUGAUACAACGAAUAAAAAGAGACCUGGCGGAGCGUAAUUGUGUCGUCAGCCUCCCCGAAGAGAGAUUACUCGAUUUGUUGUCGCCGAUCUUUGAGAAAUUGCUUGGAAAUGGGGUUCGGCCCAGCUUCCUCAUCACCGAAUGUAGUCAAUCCGAGCAUUUGCUGCAAACGAUGCUCAGCGAGGAGACAAACGAGCGCCUCGUGAAGAUUUGCAAGAUUUUGGUGGAGUAUUGCACGUACAGCUUUGAGGAAGCGUUGCUGGCGUUGAAAAGUGUUGAUUACGACCUCUCCCAAAUCGAAUCCGCCGAGAAUGUUUCAAAUUGUCUCCAAACACUUCUCAAUAUCACUGGCGUGGAGUUUGGAGAUGAGCUCGGCGAACUCGUCCGCCGCUUCCCCCCAAUAAUUUUCGUACAAGACGGCCGAAAAAUGCAGGAGCUCUACGAAUCGUUGCGUUCAUUUUUCUCGAAAAAGCAGCUGACGAACCUCAUCAAGCAAACGCCACAGAUCUUGCUGGGAAAUUUUGAGGAAUUGGAGCCGAAAUAUGAGUAUAUCUUUUAUCAGAUGGGCUUAGAAGGAGAAGAAUUCAUCGGGUGCUCAAGUUGGGUGGAAAUGGAUUUGGACGAGAUUAUGCAAAGACAUGGCUUUUUGUUAAAAGCCGGAAGAUACACCUUCCCCGAUAAGAAGAACCCGCAGAUCCGGACGGAAAAUCCGGAAUUGCGCCGGAUUCUCGACUCGGACGAUGAGAAUUUUGCGAUUCAGGUAGCCGGAGUGACGCCAGAAGAGUGGACAAUCUACAAGCUGCUGGACCGAAGGACGCGGGAAGAAGCCGAUGCCGACGAGCCCUUCGCCAGAACGAAGCCCUCAAUGCGGAAAUUGAUGGAGAGAAGGCGAAAGCUGGCCGCCAAGCAGAAAGAGGAUUUCGUGAUGGACACUUCAUCGCGAAUCGAU